ACGCGCGCAGCUAGCACUCAGAGCUGCUCCAUUCCCCCUUUUCCCAGUGCCCGAGGACAUUUUUGGCAUCCCCCAUCUCUGUCCAGCUGCCCCAAGCAGGCGCUUUUCCCCUCAACUCUCUCUGGUAAUCAGGGGCUCACGACAGCUUGAAUUUGCCCUCUGGGCACUCCAAUUUGGGGAUAAACUCUCUACUACGAUUUUGGAUCUUGGCACAGUGGAUAGACAUUUCAUGAAGGACAUUGAUCAAUGAUAGCACCUCCGAGGGAAGCGGAAUGAAAGCUCCAGAAGGCGGGAAUUGGGCAUGGUUUUGCUCUUUUAAAUCUCCGCCCGGCCUAGAUCACUGUCAACAAAAGCUAGUAGGCUGUGGCAGAGAAAGGAGGCUGGUAAACAAACAUGGACCUGGGCAUAUUUUGGCUUGUUUUCAGAGGACGGUGAAAGGACGGUGGGCAGCUACAGAAGGAGCCACCAGGGGGUGAUGGACGAGAAAGAGUUGUGGAGGCAUACAGAAGCAGGCUCCGCCUCCGUUUACACGUGACCCUUCGCUCAUCGUACUGCGCCUGCGCGGCUCAGCGGCCACUAUGGGGAUGGUUUGGAGAACGUUUCCGCCAUUGAGGCUGGCUGGGACCUCGUCCCUGCGGGCUAUCAGCUCCUCCAGUCUAGAUGCAUUCCCAAAGCAAGUUAAAAUCGUGGAGGUCGGCCCCCGAGACGGUCUGCAAAACGAAAAGCAUAUUCUACCCACUCAAAUGAAAAUCAAGCUGAUAGACAUGUUGUCUGCAGCAGGACUCCCCGUCAUUGAGGCCACCAGCUUUGUGUCCCCCAAGUGGGUGCCCCAGAUGGCAGAUCAUGCUGAAGUUCUGCAGGGAAUCGAGAAGUUUCCUGGCAUCAGCUACCCAGUCCUGACCCCUAAUCUCCGAGGCUUCCAGGCAGCGGUGGCUGCUGGGGCCAAGGAAGUCGCCAUCUUUGGGGCUGCCUCAGAGCUCUUCAGCAAGAAGAAUAUUAACUGCUCCAUUGAGGAGAGCUACCAGCGAUUUGAGGAAGUUCUUACUGAAGCCAGAUGUGCCAACAUUCCUGUGAGAGGGUAUGUGUCCUGUGUGCUUGGAUGCCCGUAUGAAGGGAAAGUCUCCCCAGCCAAAGUAGCUGAGGUGGCUAAGAAGCUAUACUCAAUGGGCUGUUUUGAGAUCUCUCUGGGUGAUACCAUCGGCGUGGGUACCCCACUUGGCAUGAAGAACAUGCUGUCUGCUGUCAUGAAGGAGAUGCCAGUGAGUGCCCUGGCUGUCCAUUGCCACGACACCUAUGGACAAGCCCUGGCCAACAUCUUAAUGGCUCUUCAGAUGGGUGUGUCUGUGGUGGAUUCAUCAGUGGCUGGUCUUGGGGGCUGCCCCUAUUCUCCUGGUGCAUCAGGAAAUGUGGCUACAGAGGACCUCCUGUACAUGCUGAAUGGCCUGGGGAUUGACACAGGUGUGAACCUUCAGAAGUUGACAGAUGCUGGAAAGUUUAUCUGCAAGGCAUUGAAUAGAAAAAACAGUUCCAAAGUGGCCACAGCCAUCUCUCAUAAACUGUGACUUCCUCCCUUCCACCCUAUCUUUGCAACAGGCUGGGCUUGCCAGACCCCAGCAGCAGCCAAGGACCUGCAGAACAAAUGGUGCUGUCCCUUUCCCACAUUAGGGGACACACUAACAAUAGCCCAGAAAUUAUAGUGCCAGGGCCGAGGAGUGCCAAAGAAAGGGAAUCGGGAACUGACUGCCUGAGGAAAUCAACUUCAACUUGGGAUGCAUGGCUGGAAAAGCUUUCCUUAAGUAAGCUGGGUGAAUUGGGUCAGAGGAAGAAGCCCCAGCUCCUCCCCAUGAAGAGACCUUUGCGUCUGGAAGAUUUUUCUCAUGCAUUUUCAAUCAUUUUUUACCUUAAGAAGGGCAUCCUGGAGGGUGCCCGGAGAAGGCCUUGAAGCCCCUUCUUCAUUAUAACCUACUUUUAUGGAUUUCUUCUUGCCACCCCCCCCUUAAGAAUUCAGCCUCUCCAUCCAUAUCUUUGAUCACUUGAUGCCCCCAAUCCCUGCCUCAGCUAGGGAUGGAAAGGGAUUUGGCUGUGCUGAAUAUUAAAUCCUUCUUAGGAUUUCCUAAAGGGCUGCUGCCUGGUGCCAUUCUGUCAACUGUAGGACUGUGGCACUAGAAAUCCUCUGAUGCCAGUCUCCACCCUAGAAAUUAUUUUUAAAUGUGUAUCUAAAACCAAUGUAAUUAAAAGAUGGAAUAAUCA